AAGUAAGCAAAACUUGCCUUCCCUAGGCUGUGACGUGUUGUGCAUUUCGCGGGAUAGGAGCUUAGCCACUCCCCCUCCCGCCCACAUCUUGGUCAUAUGGUUUUUACUUUACAACUUUUCCAGAGCCUUUUAGUUGUGUAGCUGAUUGCUGAGGGUAUGGGGUAUCUCUCUCCAUGAAACUGGCCCUUCAUUCCAGUCGUUUAUUUUCAUUUUGAAUCUCAGAAUCCUGCAAAGAACUCUUGUGGGCAGAGACUGUUUUUUUUCCAAUCAGCCUCUUGUCAAAGUGUUUCCUGUGAAAACUAGAGACCACCAGUCUGUUCAUAGAGAGGCUGUUUUUUCAUAUACAAAACUAUGGAUACUGAGACACUGAAGAGGCUGGCUCCCAAGCUAGGUAUCACAUCGAGCCGGAUAAUAGGGAAAGCAGAGGAACUGCUGCGUUUGUCCCAGCUGAAAUGUGCUGGACUCUGUAGUAGAACCACAGCAACCAGUAAUGCUGUCAUGUGUCUCCAGCUGGCAGCAACUUCAUUAAACCACCCAAUCGACAAGGAUUAUCUAGUUAGGUUGUCUGGAUUAAACAAGAAGGUCUACCUGAGCUGCCUGAAUUCAUUUGAAUCCUUGCUUGGGGUGACCUCCAGGAUGGGAAUUCGGGACCUUGCAGUUCAGCAUGGUUGCAUGGAGGCUGUAAACACUGCAUCUGAAAUAUUAAACAGAUAUGAGUCCAGCCUUUCUCAAGCACAGCAGGAAGACUUGGACUUAUCCAAGCCUUUGUUUAUUUCAGCAGCUCUGUAUUCUGCGUGCAGGUGUCUUAAAUUAAAAACUGAGAAGAACAAGCUAUUUUCUGCAUCUGGAGUCAAGAAAGGAAUUUUUGACCGCUUGUGUAUCCAGCUAGAAAAGAUUGGAUUGCAGAUCUGCCAAGAAAAUUCUGUUGUAAACACACAGCCAAGAAAAAGGCAGAAAACCCUGUUGGAUUACAUAGAACAAGAUUCAGAGACAAAUGAAGAAGUACCACGCAAACAGCAAGACAGUGAAACUGAGAACAAAGGGAUAGAUUAUGAGGAAUGGAGAAGAAAAAUAUUAGAGAAUGCAGCCAAAGCAGUCAAAGCGGAUUAAAAGCUGCUGUGUGGAGUAUUCUAUGGAAUCGUCGCUGCUAGGACUUCCUGUGCAUAGCACUAAAAUAUAUUGAGGCCUUUUUUUAACAGAUGAUGAGAUCUUUUAGCCACAUAUCUUUAUCUUGUACAGUUUAUUUGUGUUUUAAUUCUUUUAUCUUAAAUAAAUCAUGUCUUUUUACAAUUUAA